AUGAAGGAAUCAAAGGUUUUAGAUGAAUUUGCAGUGAAGCUAAGCAACCUAGUGAGUACCAUACGAACCUUGGGGGAUGCAGUAGAAGAAUCUUAUGUAGUGAAGAAGCUACUAAGAUUUGUACCAUCUAAGUUCCUUCAGAUUACUUCCACUCUAGAGCAAUUUAGGGACCUAGAAACAAUGACAGUCGAGGAGGUGAUUGGAAGACUGAAAGCCCACAAAGAAAGGAUGAGAGGUCACAGAGAGAGUGAUGAAAGAAAACUUCUCUUAACUCAUAAGGAAUGGUCAGAGAGGAAUAAGAAGAAAACAGAUGGAGAAACUAAGAAAAAGCCAAAUAGGGGUAGUGUUGGAAACUCACGUGGUCGAGGUAGAGAGGAGUUCGGAUACUAUGCAGCUGAGUGUAAGAAUCCUAGAAGAGAAAGAAAUCAAGAAAACAAUCUGAUACAAGACCACCAUGACAAUGAACCCGCUUUUAUUCUAUCAACCUUCGAACAUGGUGAAGUGUUUCUCAAUGAAGAAAAUGUUACCCCACAGUUAAGAUCACAAGGUAACACCUUCAACCAGUCAAGUAUGUGGUAUCUAGACACAGGGGCUAGCAAUCACAUGACUGGAGACAAGUGCAAGUUUAGGAAUCUGAAUGAGUCAAUUCAAGGAUAUGUGAAGUUUGGAAAUGAAGCAAAAGUUCGUAUAGAAGGAAAGGGCUCAAUUGUAGUUCAAUGCAAGGAUGGGAGUCAACGCAAGCAUGAUGAGUUAUAUUACAUCCCACACUUAUGCAGUAAUAUAAUAAGCAUGUGA